UCCAGCGCCCACGAUGCGGCCUCUGGUCCUGCUGUGGGGCUGCCUGGUGCUCCCAGGUUAUGAAGCCCUGCAGGGCCCGAAGGAGAUCAGCGGGUUUGAAGGUGACACAGUGACCCUGCAGUGCACCUACCGGGAAGAGCUGAGGGACCACAAGAAGUACUGGUGCAAGCAGGUUGGGUACCUACUCCUCCGCUGCUCUGACAUCAUCUACACGGGAGAAGAAGGCCAGGAGACAACACAGGGCAGGGUGUCCAUCCGAGACAGCCCCCAAGAGCUAGCCCUCACCGUGACCCUGCGGAACCUCACCCUGCAGGACGCUGGGAAGUACCGGUGUGGGGUAAAAAAACUGGUCUUCUCUGAGACUUUCCUGGUGUCUCUGUUAGUCUUUCCAGGGCCCUGCUGUCCUCCCUCCCCCUUUCCCUCCUUCCAGCCUCUUGCUACAAGGAGCCCGCAGCCCAAGGCAAAGGCUUGGCAAACGCAGCCCCCAGAACUGACUUCUCCUGGUCUCUACCCGACAGUCACCACAGCCAAGCAGGGGAAGACAGGGGCUGAGGCCUCUCCGUUCACGGGGACCUCCCCGUAUGGGCACGCAGGAACCUCCCUGUACACAGGAACCUCUCUGCAUGCAGGAACCUCUCCUCACGCAGCGACCUCUCCUCACGCAGGGAGCUCGCGCCCAACCAUGCAGCUGGACUCCACCCUGGCAAAGGACACCAGGUCUGUUCCCAGCAGCAGCAGCUCCAAGCCCAGGGUGUCCAUCCCGCUGGUCCGCAUGUUGGCCCCAGUCCUGGUGCUGUUUGGCCUUUUGCUGGCUGCGGGCCUGAUCGCCCUGGGCAGCCACAUGCUCCGCUGGAGAAAGGAAGCUCAACUGGCCACUGAGACACAGAAGAAUGAGAAAGUCUACCUCUCACACUUGACUACAGAGGAAGAGGACCCCCCUGCCCAGGACCUCGAGGGGGACAUGAUCCCGGUGCCCCCCUUCCACCUGUCUGAGGCGGAGCUGGGCUUCUCCAAGUUCAUCUCCACGUAGCUGCAGAAGGCCCACCUGGCCAGGCGGCCGUGAAGCUGAAUGGCGGGUUCUGCACCGGCUCCCACAAGCUUUCUGCCUUUCUCCCCACCCUCCCCAGGCUGCCCUCCUGCGUGCCCCAGUCUGACCUGGACUCGUUCGCCAGCUCUGGAGCCCGGAGUGGUGGCCUUACAGUUCCAGCUGGAGACUGGGACUUCCCCAUAUGUCCACGCCUGAGCAGGACACACAGCCACUGGACCCUCACGGGGCCGGGCAAGGCUCAGCAGGUCUGGUCCGAGCUUGUGUCUGCUCCGGGAGACCCCUGGGGCCGGGGUGCCAGCAUCAGCCCCACCUUCCUCCCUUCUCCUCCCUUCCUGGCACCUGACUCGGCACCACGUUCCUGCACCAGCUGGGGAUGAGGGGGAGCGUGCUGGGGUUAGACUGGAUUCUGGAUUCUCAAAGCGCGGCUGUGAACCGCCUGCAUCCCAGCCCUCAGGGAGCUGUUAGAAAUGUAGUUCCUGACCCACCAAAGCCAUCUCUGGGGCCGGGCCCAGGACUCCGCAUUUCUGGAAAGUACCCCAGCAAUUCUCACAUUCGAAUUUGAAGACCAGCCGGCCUGAUGAAUGCUCAGACCCUUCCAGCUUAGAGUCUACAUGAGUAGGUAUGUGGAGUC